GUUCCUUGUCAAACCUAAGGAAGCUGACCUGUAAAUUCAAUGGUUUAAUCUACAACUGUUCUUGUCAAUUAUUCUCUUUUUGUUCAAGAUUUUAUAAGAUCUCUCCCCAGUGACAUGCCUUCUGUAAUAUCCUGCGCACCGUUGCUAUUCGGCAGAAAGCCGCCCAGAUUUGAGGGAAAGGGCAAGGUGAAAUCAAAGUCCAAUAAAUCCAAAGGUUGGAGAAAAGCCAAAGUCUCCAAGGGGCAUAAUUCUUGUAGCCUGGCUGGUAACUACAUUAUAAUGGCAGAGAUUAGAACAAAGAUCCAGACCUUGAGGGACUUGCUUGACCUACCUUCAUGCGCGGCCUCUGCUUCUGCAAGGGAGCUGGCAAUAACAACACUGAGAGAUCUGCAUACAAUGUACCCAGAUAGUGUACCGGAAACUUCAUUGUCAGAAACCAAAGGAACACCCAUGCAUCAGGUACUGGCAUCCUUUUGUGAUGCUCUAAAAUCUAUUGGACAGAUCUGGACGAGCAAAGAUCACUGGAUGGACAUAUCCAAUUAUACAUUUGAUGAUAUGACAACCAAUGAUUUGAGCCAACAGGCAUUGGAAAUGCUUGAUGAGAUAGUGAAGAUAGCAAGAGAAAGAGUGUUUGAUAUGAUGGAAGAUGACGAACCGCCGAAAAAUGAAAGCCGCCAAAGUAAUGCAUUUGGGAGGGCUUUGUCAGAGACAAGCUCAGACAACAAAAGUUAUGCAGGUUCUCCGGCCACUCCAACUUCAGUGCUUCCAGAGAUGACAGCUCUUUAUGGGGUUCCUUAUUUAUCCCCUCUUCUCUUGCCUCUCAGAGCUCAAUCAGUUGGAAAGUUGAAUCCCAUUGAUGUUAAGCGUCUCUCGUUCCACAUGUUUCCUUAUAUGCUAGCCCAAUGGCAGAUGAACAUAACAGCUGAGGAGUUAAAACAAGAGCUAAAAGCAAAGAAUGGGGCUGAAGUUAUAGCAACAGAUGGGACAGAGGAUAUUUAUGAUUGCAAAAUGAUAGAGGAUGAACCAGUUGUUCUGAAAACUAAUCUGGAUAAGGUAACUAGUGAUAAUGGAAGAAAUUUAAUUGGCAACAAAAAUAUUCCACCAGUACCAAGUGUUGAGAGUUUGGCAAAGGUUGCUAAUGAAGAAGCACUAGUUCAAGUACCAUUACCACCCAUAUCACAAGAGGUGGAUGUAGCAAUGGUACCACCAUCGCCACGUGUGUUUGUGCCAACACUGCCACCAGCACCCAUCCUAUCACCGUUGACACUGCCAUCACCCCCACCCCGACCACCACCAUCCAUGUCAUCAUUAAACAUGGUACUAGCCCCACCAACACCCCCACCCCCACCACCCAAACUAGAACCAAAUGUAGCACAAGAAACACCAGCACCAUCAGGCAUGGCAUUAGGAGACUCAACAAUCCCACCACCACCAGCCAUGAAAUUAACAAAUGGAGCAACACCUCGAUCCCCGCCGCCGCCGCCGCCGCCACCUCCACUGCCACAGCCGUCAACUGUGACAUUGACAAAUGGAGCAACACCUCCUCCUCCUUCUCCUCUACCACCAUCGCUGUCCAUAACGUCAACAGGUGAAGGAGCACCAUCACUACCACGAUCAUCAAUCAUGACCUUGACAAAUGAAGCAACACCUCCAGCAGCACCAGCCCCCCUGACCUUGACAAAUGGAACAGCACCUCCAGCAGCAUCACCACCACCCAUAAUGUCAACCAGUGGAGCAGCACCUCCAACACCUAAGAUGUCAACAAGCGGGGCAACACCUCCUCCACCACCACCGCCUCCACCUGUGAUGUCAGCAACUGGUGGAGCAGCGCCUCCACCACCACCACCCAUGAUGUCAAGAAGUGGAACAACAGCUCCAUCGCCGCCUCCACCUCCAGGGAUGUCAUCGAGUAAAUCAAUGCCAACACCACCACCACCUACGGCAAUUGGAAAGGGAGGUGCUCCGCCACCACCUCCCACUUUGGGUGGCCCAAGGUCUCUACGUCCCAAAAAGGGCACUAAAUUGAGAAGAUCAUCCCAUAUGGGAAAUCUCUAUCGACUUCUAAAGGGGAAGGUGGAAGGAUCCAGUCUCGAUGGUAAAUCAUCACGGGCAAAAAGGAGUAAAGGUGGGGCCAAGGCUGGGGCGGGGGCCCGAAAUGCUGGAGGAAAACAGGGAAUGGCUGAUGCACUAGCAGAGAUGACAAAGAGAUCAGCAUACUUCCAACAAAUCGAAGAGGAUGUUAAAAACCAUGCAAAAGCAAUCACAGAGGUGAAAGUUGCCAUUACUACUUUCCAAACAAAAGAUAUGGUUGAGCUCAUUAAGUUCCACAAGUACGUGGAAUCCCAUCUGGAGAAACUAACUGAUGAAUGUCAGGUGCUAGCCAAAUUUGAAGGCUUUCCAGUAAAGAAGCUAGAGGCAAUAAGGAUGGCAGCAGCCCUCUACUCCAAGUUAGAUGCAAUAGUCAGCACUCUGCAGAACUGGAAGGUAGAUGCUUCUGUCGACCAACUUCUUAACAAGGCCGAGAGUUACUUUAAUAAGAUUAAAGGAGAUCUCGAUGCACUAGAACGAGUUAAAGAUGAAGAAGCCAAGAAGUUCCAUAGUUACAAGAUUACUUUUGAUUUUGGUAUCCUCGUACAAAUCAAAGAAUUGAUGGUAGACGUUUCGUCCAGUUGCAUGGAGCUGGCACUUAAGGAGAAGAGGAAAGCAAAUGCAAUGCAAAGUGAACAAGGUGGACCCAAAACUGAAGGACAACGGAAGGGAACUUGUAAAAUGCUUUGGAAGGCUUUCCAGUUUGCAUACCGGGUCUAUUCAUUUGCAGGCGGACAUGAUGAACGUGCUGAUAGGUUGACAAGAGAACUGGCUCAUGAGAUAGAAUGUGACCCUCAUCAUUAGUAACAGUACAUAUAUACUUUAAAAAUUGUAAUAGGAAUAUAUAUAUAUAUAUAUGUAUAUAGAAUAGUUGCAUAUUAUUAAUAGUAUAAUACUCUAUUGAUACAUUUGCGAGGAUUGAGGCUUUUGAUCAAUAGCAAUAUGCCUGCC